UCCGGCCAAAGCUCCAUCGCCAACGAUGACAUGGCCGAGCUCCUCCUCGGGGAGUCGAAGCUGGAGCAGUUCCUGAAGGAGCACCCUCUGCGGCAGGGGGCCAGCCCCCGGGGCCCCCGGCCGCAGCUGACCGAGGUCCGCAAGCAUCUGACCGCUGCCCUGGACCGAGGGAACCUCAAGUCAGAAUUCCUACAAGAAUCCAGUCUGAUCAUGGCCAAGCUGAAUUACGUGGAAGGCGAUUAUAAGGAAGCCCUGAACAUUUACGCACAAGUGGGCCUGGAUGACCUGCCGCUCACGGCGGCGCCUCCGUACCGGCUGCGGGUGAUCGCUGAGGCCUACGCUACCAAAGGACUGUGUUUAGAGAAGCUGCCUAUCUCGUCUUCUACCAGUAACCUCCACGUGGACCGGGAGCAGGAUGUCAUCACCUGUUACGAGAAAGCGGGGGACAUCGCCCUCCUGUACCUCCAGGAGAUAGAGAGGGUAAUACUUUCUAAUAUUCAGAACAGAAGCCCCAAGCCUGGCCCUGCUCCCCACGAUCAAGAACUAGGGUUUUUCCUAGAAACAGGACUUCAGAGAGCCCAUGUCCUCUAUUUCAAAAAUGGGAACUUGACGAGAGGAGUCGGGAGAUUCAGAGAGAUCCUCAGAGCAGUCGAAACAAGGACCACUCAAAACCUGCGAAUGACGAUAGCCAGGCAGCUGGCCGAGAUCCUGCUGCGGGGCAUGUGUGAGCAGAGCUACUGGAACCCCCUGGAGAGCCCGCCCUGCCAGUUGCCUCUGGACGACCCUCUCCGGAAAGGAGCCAACACGAAAACCUACACCCUCACCCGCAGAGCCCGCGUCUACGCAGGAGAGAACAUUUUUUGUCCUCAAGAAAACACUGAAGAAGCCCUGUUGUUACUGCUGAUUAGUGAAUCAAUGGCCAACCGGGACGCUGUGCUAAGCAGGAUCCCCGAGCACAAGAGUGACUGCCUCAUCAGCCUGCAGAGUGCGUCUGUGGUCUAUGACUUACUGACCAUUGCUCUGGGAAGAAGAGGCCAGUAUGAGAUGCUGUCGGAGUGCUUAGAAAGAGCCAUGAAGUUUGCCUUCGAGGAGUUCCACCUCUGGUACCAGUUUGCUCUCUCGCUAAUGGCUGCUGGGAAAUCCGCCCGAGCCGUGAAGGUGCUGAAGGAGUGCAUCCGCCUGAAGCCCGACGACGCCACCAUCCCUCUGCUCGCCGCCAAGCUGUGCAUGGGCUCCCUGCACUGGCUGGAAGAAGCUGAAAAUUUUGCCAAAACUGUUGUCGAUGUGGGAGAGAAAACAUCCGAGUUCAAGGCCAAAGGCUACUUAGCUCUGGGACUCACGUACAGCCUGCAGGCCACUGAUGCUUCUUUGCGAGGGAUGCAGGAGGUCCUGCAGAGAAAGGCGCUGCUCGCGUUUCAGAGGGCCCACAGCCUGUCGCCUACAGAUCACCAGGCUGCCUUCUACCUGGCUCUGCAGCUUGCCAUCUCCAGGCAGAUACCGGAGGCUUUGGGGUACGUCCGCCAAGCUCUUCAACUUCAGGGGGAUGAUGCCAACUCCCUGCACCUGCUCGCCCUCCUCCUGUCAGCACAAAAACACUACCACGACGCUCUGAACAUCAUCGACAUGGCCCUGAGCGAAUAUCCAGAAAAUUUCAUACUGCUGUUCUCCAAAGUGAAGUUGGAGUCGCUCUGCCGGGGCCCGGAUGAGGCGCUCCUCACCUGUAAGCACAUGUUACAAAUAUGGAAAUCCUGCUACAACCUCACCAACCCCAGUGAUUCGGGACGAGGGAGCAGCCUCUUGGAUCGGACCAUCGCAGACAGACGGCAGCUGAACACCAUCACUUUGCCAGACUUCAGCGAUCCCGAGACAGGCUCUGUCCACGCCACGUCAGUAGCAGCCUCCAGGGUGGAGCAGGCUCUGUCGGAAGUGGCCUCGUCUCUGCAGAGCAGCGCCCCCAAGCAGGGCCCACUACACCCCUGGAUGACACUGGCACAGAUCUGGCUCCACGCAGCGGAAGUCUACAUCGGCAUCGAGAAGCCCGCGGAAGCCACCGCCUGCACCCAGGAAGCUGCCAACCUCUUCCCAAUGUCCCACAACGUGCUGUACAUGCGGGGCCAGGUCGCUGAGCUCCGCGGCCACCUGGAGGAAGCCCAGCGCUGGUAUGAGGAAGCCUUGUCCAUCAGCCCCACCCACGUGAAGAGCAUGCAGCGACUGGCCCUGAUCCUGCACCAGCUGGGCCGCUACAGCCUGGCGGAGAAGAUCCUCCGGGACGCGGUGCAGGUGAACUCCACGGCCCACGAGGUCUGGAACGGGCUGGGCGAGGUCCUCCAAGCGCAGGGCAACGACGCGGCCGCCACCGAGUGCUUCCUGACCGCCCUGGAGCUGGAGGCCAGCAGCCCCGCCGUGCCCUUCACCAUCAUCCCCCGCGUGCUGUGAGCGUCCUGCCACCCCGAGGGCGCACGUCUGCCACACUGAGGCCCCGUGGGUGCCCCAGGGACCGCAGUGAAGGAACCAAACCGACCCCGCUGUGUCCACACGCACCUCCCUGUCCUUUGCCAGCCCGGCGAUCGUUUCUGAACCAACACGUUGUGCUCAGUGGAUAAUGUGCCAUAUUUUGUCAGCUAGCAUCGAGUUUUCAGUAAAAAAAAAAAGAUGAUGGAAUUAAUCAGCACAUGUAGGAGAAUCUAUUCCAAGUGGAAGGCGAGUGGCAGAGCAGAUAUUUUUAUCAGAGCUGUCCCCUCCUGCCCACCCCCGCUCCUGCCCCAGCGCGGCCCAGAAACCAAUGUGAAUUUUCUGUUCCCCACCUCAGCACUAGUCUAUGCCGGGACACCAGCUGACAACUUCUUGGUUUUAUUGUCAAUGAUUGUACCACGUGAUGAAUUACUGUCCUCACUUAGAACAAAGCGCGAGUCCAAGAAUAUUUAUAUUUUACCAAUAUAUGCCUGUUACGAGAGAAGGAAAUAUGAGUUAUUUAAGUUUAACUUUUUUAUGUGAAUUCAGAGUUUAUUUAUCGAUGGAAAUAUGUACAAAGAAGCUGCAAAUGGAAUAUUUACCGACAUUCCUUAUACAUGACAGACACUUGGCUAAAUGGGAAGAUGAUGUUAAUAAUAAAAUGAUUUUUAAAUGGAAAAAAAA